AUGGCCUACACACUGGAUGAGGACGCGGCAAGGGGGAGCAAUGGUGGGUUGGCGGCGCCGGAGCCCCCGGAAGCCGAGGUCACCAUCCGCUCUCUGAUUGGCCGAGGGCGAAUGAGGCUCGGCUUCCCAUUCGCCGGAUGGCGAACGCUGACAAUGCCCAUUGGCUCCGUGGUCGGCGGGGCUCCGGCGGCUUUGGGGGCGGGCGAGGGGCUCGCGUUGCCCAGCAAAUGCGAAGUGUGUAAGUACGUGGCUGUGGAGCUGAAGUCGGCCUUUGAGGAAACGGGCAAGACCAAGGAAGUGAUUGACACAGGCUACGGUGCCCUGGACCGGAAGGCCUCUGGAGUCAAGUACACCAAAUCGGAUCUGCGGUUGAUCGAAGUCACUGAGACCAUCUGUAAGAGGCUCCUGGACUACAGCCUGCACAAGGAGAGGACGGGCAGCAACCGCUUUGCCAAGGGCAUGUCAGAGACCUUCGAGACGCUACACAACCUGGUUCACAAAGGCGUCAAGGUGGUGAUGGACAUCCCCUACGAGCUGUGGAACGAGACCUCCGCGGAGGUGGCUGACCUCAAGAAGCAGUGUGAUGUUCUGGUGGAGGAGUUCGAGGAGGUGAUCGAGGACUGGUACCGGAACCACCAGGAGGAGGACCUGACGGUGUUCCUCUGUGCCAACCAUGUGCUCAAGGGGAAGGACACCAGCUGCCUGACAGAGCAGUGGUCCGGCAAGAAGGGGGACACGGCCGCCCUAGGCGGGAAGAAGCCCAAGAAGAAGGGCAGCAAGGCCAAGGCCUCGGGCAGCAGGAGCGGCAGCAGCAAACAGAGGAAGGCACUGGGUGGCCUGGAGGGAGACCCCAGCCCGGAAGAGGAUGAGGGCAUCCAGAAGGCAUCUCCCCUCACACACAGCACCCCCGAUGAGCUCUGAACCCAACUCUGUGUCCCUUGUACCGAGGGUACAGCAAGAGACCCCUGACCUGGAAGCUACCAGGCUGGGCCACAGUUCUGGCUAGCCAAGGAGGCUUCUCCGGCCCCAGGGUCCUCCUGCCUCGGCUGGGCCCUCUUCCUUCCCACGAAGGCGCAGCCCCAGGAAGAACUCAGAGCACAGUGGCCGGCCUGGGCGGGCGUUCUCUCCCCCAGCACCUCUCCUGGUACGGAAUUGAGCCGGCCGUGCCGCUGGUCAGGGGCCAUGAAGACUCCAGGGUGAACUCACCCAGAAGGGGCGGCGUCGGAACUGGGUACCUGGACCGGAGCGGAUGAUCCCCGGAGGAGGCAUGUCGGCCUCUGCUGCCACACCUCACCCCACAGGGAAGCCAGUGGCAGCACCCACAGACCCUGUCCCCUGCCCACCCCCUUCCCUGGACUCCUGUGCUCUUCUGGCCCGCCUCCCCGGGCCGCGAAGUGCAGUGUGCACAGUAAAAACCUUUGGCCUUUUUGCCCCUA